AUGAUCUGGGAGUGGGAGCUGACAGCUGUACAGAAGAGAAACUCGUUUGGAUCAUGUCAAGGGAGGAAAAUUUUCCCCUUUCACCAUGCCCCAGACAGACUGGGGAACCAGCUGGUCCCCGUCCUUGGGGACCCCUAUCGUGGGCCCGGGAGUUACGACAAUGAAGAGAGGAGUAGCAUGGUAUAUGCCUUGACUCAUAAACCAGAGAGCAUCAAAGGUUACGUACUGGGAGCAAGAACAUCCCUACGUUUCCCACCAGAUUGCAAGACGGAGACUCCUGGCCCUGGAACACACCAAUCAGCAUGGGGCAAAGACCGAAAGUUCCAGCCUGCCUACGCCCCAUUUUCCGUCAAGUCAUCACGAUUUCCACAGAAGGCUCUGGAUAGAGAGCUUUUCCCUGGACCUGGAACUUAUGAAGCAGACAAGCUGCCACAUAAGAAAAUCACCUGGCCAAUGAAGUUUGGGUCUCCAGAUUGGUCUUUAGUACCAAUGCCAGAGAGGAGGACUCUGAGAACAGAACUGAUUACAGAUAAAGAAUUCAGGAAACAUCGGAAUCGAUUGGCCUACUUGAGCUUAUACUACAGCUGA